UAAGUAUAAAUGUGCUGGAGCUAACAUCCAGACAAAUCAGUCGCUAAAAAAACUGACAAGUGUAAAGAAGAGGUGACAAACGGAUUAGAACUUCCACGGAUUUCGGAAUUUAGAAAAAAUUUCGCUCGAGUUAAAGGACUACAGACGUCCGUUCGUUCGUGGGAUUAACGCGUCCGCGCUAUGAAACGUUUAGUGAUUUGUUUAUUAUUGCUGGGCAUCUGCCAUGCCACGCCCACUUUACAUAAGCUGAAAGAGUUUAAGAACUCUUUGCUCUUCGGUGGAGGUGGCGGAGGCUGCGGCGGCGGCUGUGGCGGUGGUGGUGGCGGUUACGGAGGAGGUGGAUUCGGUGGCGGCGGUGGAGGUCACGGUGGCUAUGGCACCCCCAGCAUUCAAGUGUACACUGUGAAGCAAGUGCCCUCAUUUAGCAGUGGUGGUUAUGGUGGCGGCGGAUAUGGCGGAGGUGGUAGCGGCUGUGGCUCUGGCGGCUGCGGCGGUGGUUAUAAACCAAACUAUGGUGGUGGAGGCUUUGCACCAAGCUAUGGCGGCGGCGGUAGUAGUGGCGGCUGUGGUUCUGGUGGCUGCGGCGGCGGUGGCGGCGGUUAUAAACCCAACUAUGGCGGUGGUGGCUUUGGACCAAGCUAUGGUGGCAGCGGCGGCGGUGGUGGUGGCGGUUUCGGCGGCUCUUAUGCAUCCAGCAGUGCGAGUAGCUUUAGUUCCGCCAACAGCGGUGGUUUCGGUGGCAGUGGUGGCUAUGGCGGCAAUGGCGGUUAUCCAAGUGGUGGCGGUGGUGGUUAUGGCGGUCAUCCAGGUGGUGGUGGCGGCGGCGGUAGUUGCAAUACUUGUGGAGGUGGUGGCGGCGGUGGCAGCCCCGGUGGCUAUGGUGGUUAUGGUGGCAGCGGUGGUAGCGGUGCUUAUGCCAGUGCUCAGUCCUCAGCCAGUGCUCAUUCGAGCUCAUGGGGAAAGUGAAGAGAUGCCAGUAGUUAAGUAUUGAAGUUGAGUGACUAGAUCUAAACUUUUGCGAAUUUAAUUAAACAAAAAUAUUUUUUAAUUAAAAUAAAAAUUGUUUUCAAGUGAUAUGUGACAUAUUUUAGAGAAAUAAAGCAUUUUUGUAUUUAUAAAAUAA